AGGACGCAGAUGAAGAAAACUACAGGCAUGGCCAGCCGCAGCUACAACUCAUCAUCGUCUAGGACGCAAGGGCAUUGAACUGCAGCCAUGGCCCAUGGCCAACCCCAUCUACAACCGCAGCCACAGCUACUCAUCGUCGUCUACAACAAAUAGGCAUACAGGUACAACCAUGGCCAGCUCCGGCUAUAACCUUAGUAGCUACAGCACCUUGUCUUCUAGAACCCAAGGGCAUAGAACUACUACAGCCACGGCCAAGCCCAGCCACAACUUGUCAUCGUUUAGGUCACAGGACGAUACAUCUUCGUCAUUGUCCACAGUCACAGCCGUGUCAAGGUACAGCUACGAUCCCAGCAACAGCUGGUCAUUGUAUAGGGCAUAAGGGCAAACAACAACAGCCAUGGCCUGCCCCAUCUGCGGCAGCAGCUACAGCUCUUCAUCGUCUCGGACUCAAGGAUAUACAACAACUGUAGCCCCCAGCAAUUACCAUAGUAGCUACAGCACCUUGUCUUCUAGAACCCAAGGGCAUAGAACUACUACAGCCAUGGCUACCUGUAAUGACGAAGAUUCGUCAUUGUCCAGAGUCACAGCCGUGUCAAGGUACAGCUACGAUCCCAGCUCCAGCUGGUCAUUGUAUAGGGCACAGGGGCAAACAACAACAGCCAUGGCCUGCCCCAUCUGCGGCAGCAGCUACAGCUCUUCAUCGUCUCGGACUCAAGGAUAUACAACAACUGUAGCCCCCAGCUAUAACCAGAGCAACAUCUCGCUAUCGUCUAGGAUACAGGGAGGUUCAGCUGCAACCAAGGCAAGCGGCAACUACAGCUCCUCAUCGUCUAAAACAAAGGGGAAUACAAUCGUGACCAACUACAGCAACAACUCGUUAUCAUCUAGGACACAGAGGCAUAGAGCCAUGCCCAACAAGAUUUGCAACUCGUCAUCGUCUGGCACACAAGCGUAUGUGAUAUCCAGCGCCAGUACGAUCGUCAGACCUGAAGCUCAAUACUCAUCGACCAACUGGCAUGCACAACAACAACGACAAUUCAGCAAGCUGCAACGGCCAUGGCCACAAACGCAGUGGCAGGCAAAUCUGGACAUUUGGCGGCUACGACUGAACCAAGUUAUGCCACCUAAGAGGCAUGCUCCGGCUACACCAGAUGGUGAUGGACAGGCUCAGCUAGUAGCCGCGAUGCGGGCAAUGAAGGACGAGUUGAGGACGUUAAGGCAGGCUACCUCUGCUGCUGGUGCCCCUACGGGCGCUGCUUCUGGCGCUGCUCGUAUUGUAGAUGGUCCUGUCAGCGGUGUUUCUCUCAUGCAGUGGGUUGGCAUGAAGCUAGACAGUUUUGACGGCAGUGGUACUCCGGUUCAUGCUGCUGAUUGGCUGUCGUAUGUGGAGGACAAGAUGGAGGCUUUUGAUGUGUUGGCUCACGAUCGUGUUCGUUAUGGGGUACAACUGCUGAAAGGUGAGGCUCAGAUAUGGUGGAAGGGUGUGCAGUCAGCUCGCACGGCUGCACAUGGCCAGUUGUCCUGGCACGAGUUUGUCAGGCAGUUUGAGAGGAGGUUCUACCCGGUGACUUUCUUGGAUAGGAUGAAGAUUGAUCUGAAUGCCUAUACGCAGGAUAAGAAGUCAGUUGCAGAGUAUGAAGUGGGCUUCAAUCAGAUUGUCCGCUUCGUCCCACACGUGGCGCAUGACGAGGUAGAGAAGGCAAAACACUUUCGUCAAGGUCUUAAGCAUUCGAUCCGCCAAGUGUUAGGUGCUUUUCCAGUGGUUGACUUCCGCACUACAGUGGAACAGGCUUUGGGUGUGGAGAUGCAGCAGGUGUACACUGCUGACUUGCAGAAGUCUUCAGGUGGUGAGUACCUGCCCAUGCCGGUCUACCCUCUGUACUUGAUGGCACCUCCGACUACACCGACUACUCAUUCGAUGUCUCAGUCUGGGUUGUUUCGACCAACCCAAGCUACUGCUCCUUCGGCACCUCCAGUUCCAGGGGCAUAUGCUAUGCCUUGUGUUGACGGCAGAGACUAUGGAGACGUGGUGACAGGUGGUGGUUCUUCGUCUCACACUUGAAGUUGGCCAUUAUCGUCGGUAGAAGGUAUUUGAUGCUUGUCGUGAAGGGAUAGGAAUGUAGCAGCACGUUUUGCACUUCAUGUCUAUAUUUUUUUUAUCUUUGUGCUGUAAUAAUAAAUAAAGUUUAGUUCUUAGAGUCGUACGUUUGAAGUUUAAAGUGUGGUGGUGAAGUUAAACUUAAUAUUUUCCUUUUGGUUCAUGUUAGGAUGUUUUUAUCCGUUAUUGUGAUAUUCUGCAUAUCUUGUUUAUCUGUGUUAAUGCUUCCGCGAUGCUUAUUUUUAUAGAGGAGAUGCUGCUAUUUUUUUU